GACAAGACAACACUACACAGCUAAAAAACACACAAAAGAAGUGUCAAAAUUAAUUAUAAUUGGAUCAGAUUUGUGAUACCACUGGAGCUGCUCCCGACGGCUCGGGGUCGGAACCGCUGUACUGGUGAGCCAGCUCAGAUAGACUCAAAGCACUGAGACAAUGGCCCAUUACAAAGGAGCAGCAAAGGAGGCUGGGCGAGCAGCAACUCUACUGAAGAAAAGAGCUUUGGAACAAGAAGAAGCAGAGGCGAAGAAAAAGAAGAUUGAAGAAGAACUUGCUAUUGGCAGCAUUCACAACAAAUUUGCCACUCACUAUGAUGCUAUUGAACAGUCCCUCAAGUCGAGCACUAUUGGUUUGGUCACCCUGGAUGAGAUGAAAGCUCGUCAGGAAAAUGUGAUUAAAGAGAGAGAGAGGCAGCUAGCAAACAAGCACGCUGAGGCACGGCUGAUUGAGCUGGCCAAGGAGGAUAAGAAAAAGAGAGAUCAAAGAAAGAUCACUAUGCUGUCGUUUGACCUGGAUGAAGAAGAGGAAGAGAAUGAUGACGAUGAUGACGAGGAAAAAUUUUCAAAACCCAGCAAGUUCGCUAAGCCCAGUAAAUUUCCGAAAAAAUCUAGCAGCCCAACUGAUUCUACCGAAGCAGAUACUGACCAGAAGAGCGAUGUUAAAACAGAGGUCCCAGAUGAUGACGAGGUGGCCGCAGAAGAUGAAGACAUGGAAGAAAAGUUUUCUCCCUUUGAGAGGCAGGAAACCAGUGAAGAGGCAAAAGAAAGGAAACGGAAAAAAAGACUUGGUAUGAAUCCUGAUGUGGACACCAGUUUCUUACCAGACAGAGAUCGAGAUGAAGAAGAAAAUAAACUCAGGGAGAAGCUGAGGCAGGAUUGGGUGGCGACCCAGGAGAGGAUCAAGAACGAGGAAAUCUCUAUCACCUACAGUUACUGGGACGGCUCUGGACACAGGAGAAAUGCAAGAAUGAAGAAAGGCAAUACGGUCCAACAAUUCCUGCAGAAGUGUCUGGAGAACUUGCGGAAAGAGUUCAACGACCUACGUCCAGUGUCUGUGGACCAGCUGAUGUACGUGAAGGAGGAUCUGAUCAUCCCACACCACUAUUCCUUCUACGACUUCAUCGUAACGAAAGCCCGCGGCAAGAGCGGCCCCUUGUUCAGUUUCGACGUACACGACGACAUCAGGAUGAUCAACGACGCCAAAGUGGAGAAGAGUGAAUCUCAUGCGGGUAAAGUUUGCCUCAGGAGCUGGUACGAGAGGAACAAACACAUCUUCCCCGCGAGUAGAUGGGAGCCCUACGAUCCAGAGAAGAGCUGGGACAACUACACAAUUUCUGACAAAAACGCUGUGAAAAUUACUGUGAAGUAGCACUUAGUAGCAUUCCUCCUGUAUUUUUACUCUGUGCGUUUGCAAAGACCCGAGGGUUAAAUGAGCGCCAGUUUUUAUCUAAUGAAUGGGUUUCAGACAAAGGCUCCCGGUCUGGGUCAGAGUAAAGAAAUAAGCCUGGAGUUAAUUUUGUGGUUCAGUUGUACAGCUAUUUUACAGUUCUGGUGGUUCUGGGGUGGAUCAUGUCAACAAACAACUGUAGAACGAACACAGUAUGAUCGACUGGCAGCUUCUGGACAAGACGGUUCUACUGGAUAGGAAAAUGAUCUUGACUGGACUUUCACAGCGCAAAAAGUUGCUGUCCGUAGAUGUUGAGGGCAUUUUGGAAUGUCAUUGCUGAUGAUUUUGGCAUCAUCAUUCUGAAGUAUAAAAAAAAUGCGCACAAUA